AUGCUUCCUCAACACGGUGUUUCUUCUCAACGAUGUUCACCGAAGUAUAUAAUUCAAGCCAAUAAACUACAAUAUUCUACAAGGGAUACGGUUCAGAUUACUGUUCGUGGUUCAACAAAGUCUAAUACAUUUAAAGGUAUUCUGUUAGUAGCAAAAACAAAAACCAAGCAACAAAUUAUUGGAACUUGGUCAGCAGUAGGUUCAAAUAUUCGAACACUUAACUGUGAUGGAAACCGCAAUACUGGAAUAACUCAUAACUCAGCCUCUAAUAAAUUAUCGAUAAAAGCACUAUGGCAUUCGCCAUCAACUAUAACCAAAGAUCCCAUUGUUAUUAAGCAGAUCGUUAGUGGUUAUACUAGUACUAUUCCAAAUACUCGUUCUUCUACUCCCAUUCCUGUCACGACUCCUUCUAUUGGUCCACAGAACAAUAGUAAUGAAGUUCGAAUUAAUUGGACCUACGAAAAUGGUGUCACAUCUGUUAAAAUGCAAAUUAAUAAUUUAAAAACAUCGCAAUGGUUAGCUUUAGGUCUUUCACUUGAUAACAAAAUGGGUGAAGAUCAUGUUUUUGUCUGCAAACGUUCAGCUAACGAUCAAAUUUCAGUUAUUCGUUGUAUUAAUCCACUUGGUAAUUCACCAACGGUGUUAGCUAAUACUAUAGCAAAUCUGAUUGGUACAUUAACUCCUACUUCGCUGGCACUUCGCAAUGGUGUAGCUUAUUGUGAAUUUAAUUUAUCAAAUUUUAGUGACUCGAAACGGCGACGACGUGAUAUUUCUCCACUAUCUCCAUCUACAACUUAUAUUCCACUUAUAGCUAUUGGAAAUUUAGAUAGUUCAGAUGGGAUGACUAAGCAUACAUCACGUGCAGCACUAUCAGAAAACGUUCAACUUAACACAAGAAUACAAAUUAUAUAUAAUGGAGAUCGAAUCGCAUGA